AUGCGAGGACGGAAAACAUUCAAACGAUGCCAAUACGAGUACAACGCCCAAGAAAUGGAGCACUUCAGACUGGUCGAUGAGUACUGCAAUUGGGCGUCUUAUAUCAAGAUUGCAUUCCUCUUUCCUUUGGUCGUGAUGAUAAUGUUUGAAGAGCAAGUUUUUCGUAAAAGAUUCACGCAUUUCAAACUUAAAAUGCCAAAGAAUCUGUUCUACAUGUUACAGAUUUUCGAAAAAAGAAAGUGCAGUAUUCUUCGAUGCCAAGAAAUGAAGGAGAAGAAAAUUAUAAACAUGUUGUACUAUUAUGGUAUCUUUUUAUUUGUUCUCUGGAAGUUUGUGUCUGCAUUAUAUAUGGCAUAUUUCUGGAGAUUGGUCAGUCGAUAUAGAGGUGUAGAUGAGAGGAAGAUGUAUGUCGUUUCGAUUAUUAUCGUUCAACUAUUGUCCAUCGCCAGCUUGAGCGUAGCCGUUUAUCAAUAUUUUGCAUUGCCAUCGGAAAAAUACAUAAAAAUGAAUGCCGCAUUCUUCUACUGCAUCGGAUACGAAGUGUUGGCAAUCAUCGCCACCGUGAUCUACUUGAAGUUUCUGAUCAAUUACUGGUAA